ACAUCUCAGUACUUCUCUCACCCUCUCACUAGUCAUAACGUUAUUACUCUCCCCGAGUAAUGUCUUUGCCCUUGAGGGUAGGGCUAUAGCAACAACUACCGUCCAGUGAAAUGGUUGUUAAUAGUUGGCCGUUUUGUUUAGUGCAACUAGUGAAGUAGCCAGUAGAGCUUUCUGGUGACUCAGGAAAAGUGUUACUAUAUAUUUUUUCAUCUUUACCUGGUGUCAGUGUUGUAUACCAAAGAACGCAUGUUUUAUUUAAAUUAAGUAGACAGCUUUGUUUGUCGCCGCAGUGUUUUGGUACAAGCUUUAAUUACUGUACUAGUGUGUAGACGUGAAGAGUGGUAGACAUGGUAGUGUCAACAGAAGAGUACCGACACAAAAUCUUCGGCGUGAUUCCAUCUCCAGAUCAUCAACCAGUAUUCUGUGAAACAGACAUGGCUGCGGCAACAGCGUCUCCAGAGCCUAAGGGCACGUUGACCCCCCCAGGCUCCUCCCCCCUGAGGGCGGAGUGUGACCCCACCCGUGACUCCUCCCACAACUCCACCCCCCUCUCGCCAGAGGCGCCCCCGACCCCAGACUCCGCCCACAUGGCCAACGAGCCCACCAAUCACAGCGCAGCUCGCCUCCAGCCCACCAGUGAAAGAGAAGAGAGUAACAUCUUGACCAAUCAAGAGCCUCUCUCAGGAGCCAAGAAGCGGAAGGCAGCGAAGGUUCACAAAGUCGAGACGGCGUGCGGGAGUGAGGGCGAGGGCGAGGCGGGCCUCACCGGAAACUUCUCGUGUCCCGUGUGCGAGGAGGUGCUCCCGGCCCAGCACGAAUUCACACAGCACAUCCGCAAGCACAACCACGUCAUCGAGACCGACAACGGCACCAAAGUGUACUGCUGCGGCAUCUGCAAGAAGCAGCUGAGCAGCAACAGCUCGCUGGACAGGCACAUGCUGGUACACUCCGGCGAGCGGCCGUUCCGCUGCCACAUCUGCGGCACGCACUUCACCACCAAUGGGAACAUGCACCGCCACAUCCGGGGGCACUACCGCAACGGCGGUGGCGGCGGCGGUGGCGGCGCGGGCUCGGACACGGGCGACAGUGACUUGGCCUCGGAGGAGGACACGUCGUCGCCCCGCAAGCGCCACCUGGAGGACGAGGAGAGCGUGGUGUCCGCCAAGGCCGUGCGCCUCAACGCCAGCGAAGUGGAGGAGGAGGAGCUGACGUGCCCCGCCUGCGGAGUGGAGCAGCCUAGUCAACACGCCCUCGAGCAGCAUGUGGAGAACAUCCACCCAGAGUACCAGGUGGCGUGCACCACCUGCCAGGUGGGCUUCAAAAACUACCGGGCGCUGCACCUCCACAACUCCAUGGUCCACCACACGUCCACAGCGUCGCCACCCCAGGUGGACCUCACCCUGACGGACUUCUCGAGCCCCAAGUUCCCGCUGAUCGCCAAGGAGAUCUGCGAGCGGGACCGCGUGCACCAGCAGCCCGGGGAGGGGGUGGGGGUGCACAGGUGCCAGUUGUGCCAUAUCACAUUCCCCUGCGCCGAGUCGUGGCUCAUGCACAUGCGCGAGCACGCCGCCGCCUCCACGGGGUCCGCCUCCUCCCUCAGGUGCCUCCGGUGCGACCUCAGCUUCUCCAACGUGGUCGAGCUGUCGCACCACCACCAGCGCCACCUGUGCGAGGAGCCGCAGCCGGGCAAGGAGGGCUUCCUCAGGGUGCUGGACCUCCUCAAGCAGCAGGAGGCCGAGUCCGCCUCCGCCACCUCCAUGGCAGCCUCCAUCUUCGCCAGCGGACUGGGGCCGCACCUGAGCAUGCAGCCCCCAGGCCAGCACUCGCCCGCGCCGGCAGACUCCGCGAAGGCGUCCCCCGAGCACCCGUCCGCCGGCCGCAUCGCCGCCACAACCACGACCACCGCCAGCAGCGUGGCGCCUCUGCUGUCCACGGCGCCGGGGCUCUCGCACGACGAGCAGUUCGCGCGAGGCUACCGCGAGAUGAAGCUGAACGGCCAGUACCCGUGCAAGCUGUGCAAGGAGGUGUUCGCCAACCUGCGCAAGCUGAAGUCCCACAACCUGGUCCACAUGGUGGCUCCCCCGUACCGGUGCAACCUGUGCUCCUUCUUCAGCAACGACAAGAACACUCUGAAAGAACACAUGAAGAGCCACAAGGGCGACACGCCCUACGAGUGCAACCUGUGCAACCUUGCGUUCACCACCAAGGCCAACUGCGAGCGCCACAUCAAGAACAUCCACGGGCGCCAGUCGCGGGACGAGGUCAAGGGCUGCAUGACGUACGUGCCGCAGGAGGAGGGCGCCAGCACCGACCGCUCCCUGGACACCGUGUGCCACAUCUGCCACAUCGACUGCAAGGCGCGGUCCGUGCUGCGCGACCACAUCCGCUCCUCGCACCCCGAGGGCAUGACCAAGCCCUUCUCGUGCAAGCUGUGCGGCGGCGCCUUCUCCUCCGAGAACGACGUCAUGCGCCACGUGAUCCAGCAGCACUCGGAGGCCGCCACGGGGCCCACCCUCGACAGCCUCGUUGUGAGCCAGGCCGCCCGCGACGACCACCAGGACCACCACGACCUCACGCCCGUCGAGUCGCUCCUCAGCUUCUCCAAGUUGCCUCUCACCGCGAUGCCCCUCACUACCUCCCACCAGCCGCCGCCGCCGGCGCUCCCUCUGCCCUUCUCGCACAACGCAGGAAUUCCCACGCCCUUGGUUCCUGGUCGCACGCUCACGCCGUCCGUCACGCCCACACUCACGCCCGUGCCCAGCGUGCUCUCCGCUAGCGACGAGGACGCGCCUCUGGAUCUCAGCAUGAACUCCAAGAGAGAGCAUGAGGAUGACAGGAAGGAGGAGGACGACGACGACGACGAGGAGAUCGAGGUGAAUGACGUGAAGUGCGAGCAGGUCGAGCCCGAGGACCUGUCUAAGCCACGCAAGGAGGAGUGCAAGGAGCCCGACGAGGCCAAGAGCCCCGAACCAACGUCAGAGUCCGCGACCGAAGUGCUCAAAAUCCCCAAGCCGCCCUUCUCCCUGGGCAUGUACCCCCAGCCCCUGCCGCUGUGCAGUCCCUUCAGCCCUCACCAGUAUUCCUUCCUCAUGAACCCUUACAACGGCCUGCACCAUCCCGUGCGCAAUUUGGACCCCGCCUUCUUUGAGGAGUACCAGAAAGAGCUGAAGCGCGGCCUACAGCUGACGUCCGGCGGCGGGCUUCUAAGCGGAGGCUUCCUGCAGAGUUCCCCUUCGUUUUCGCUGUCGGCGCUGGCGAUGGUCGCCGCCCACCGCAACCCCCUCCGCAUCCCCCGACCCGACAUCCGUUCCAGUGAAAGUAAAUCCGAGGAUUCGUCCACAUCUGACAGCCAGUCCACGCCCAUUUCCAAGCCUGGCGACGAGGAUGUGAUGCAUUUCACGAUUCGCAACUCCGUCCUCAUGAAAAAGCCCAAACAGCGGCGGUACAGGACCGAGCGGCCGUGGAGAUGCGACCUGUGCGACAAGGGCUUCACUCUCCGCUCCAACAUGGAGCGACACAUGAAGCAGCAGCACCCCGACGUCUGGCAACACCGGCCAAGAGGAGUCAACACGCCCAGGUCGGAGUCGGACACGCCCACGUCUGUUUCUGACACUCCACACACGAUUUCAGAGACAGUGAGAGAGCAGCUCAUCAUCAAGAUCGAAAAGGACGCAGCUGAAGACAGAGGCGAGGAGGCGGAGCAGAGAGAAGAGGAAGAGAGGGAGCUAGUCAUUGAUGAUGGUCAUGAAGGCGAGGAGGAGGAGGAGGAGGAAGAAGAAGAGGAAGAUGAGGAGGAGGACGACGAGGACGAGGAAGAAGAGGAAGGCCAGGAGAGUAGUGGAGAGAAAAGUCGGGAAGACAGCAGUGCUGACCUCGCUAGCGUCCACACGUUGCUCUCAACUGCCUCCAGUCAGAGCUUCCCUUUUUUUGGCAGUGAGGGGGAGGAGGAAGUCCCUGGUGAAGAUGACUCCACUUCCUCCAACACAAUGUCGGAAGAAGCCAAGCGCAGUGCCUAUUCUUCGGCGCCACAAAAACAAAAAUGCCCUUUCUGCCAGAGAAAGUUCCCAUGGUCCAGUUCCCUUGUGCGACACAUCCGCACUCACACAGGACAAAAGCCAUACCUGUGCCCAGUGUGCCACUUUCCCUUCACCACCAAGUCCAACUGCGACCGCCACCUCCUGAGAAAGCAUCCCGACUCCCCACACACCCUCGGCGGCGACCGCCCUUACCGCUGCUCUAAGUGUCCGGGUGCAGCUUUCACCAGCCUCGAGAGCCUCCGCAAGCACGAAGUGUUCAAACACGAGAAGGCAAGCGACACGGCCAUCUCGAGGGACGACGCUAGACCGUUCCGCUGCCACGUGUGCGAAGUACCGCUUGCAAGUCGCGAGGUGGCAGUACAGCACGUCAAAGAAGCCCAUCCAGAAAACUUUCAGAAAAUUACUAGUAUAGAACCGGUCACAGCUGAGAACAACAACGACCCCCUUUCUCCAACGCCAGAUUCAACUACCACAGAGAGGGUGAGCUGUAUGUUCUGCCUGAAUCGAUAUUGGAGUCUUGCUGAAUUAAAGCAGCACGUUACAACCCAGCAUACAAACUCUUCACCUGUUUUGUCUGCUGUUGAGCAGAAAGAGGGAAGUUUGUCCUCGCCAGCAAUAAAGACUGAAAUUAAAGAGGAGCGCAAAGAUGAAACCGAAGGGUCUGACUUCAUCUCCAACCUCCUUGGAACAAGACGAGCAGUUGUCGAUCAUUUGCUGACAUCUAAAUCGGCGGAUGAUGCAGCGAAGCUCCUGGGGGUGCGAUAAUGCAUGCAGAACUUCCCCGUUAAAAGGGACUUCUGUCUUUACAAUGAGGGUGUGUCUGUUCAAGAAAACUUUUCCAAUACUUAGCUGAGUGCAAUGUAUGUCAUAGCUUGUAGUUCAUAUUAAUGGUUACUUAUUCUAUUAUUUUCCAUUCGUAAUGCAUUCACAGUUUGCCUUGAAAUUUAAAAAUUCGUGCCUUGACAACGUGCCCUAGACUCUUCUGUAAUCUGUAAGUUAACGUUAUGUAUAUAGUGUGUAUAUAAUGAUUCAGUGGUUUGAUAUAUUUAGUUUAAUAUAAUUUCAUUCCUUUAGUCUGUGAUGUCUUCAACUCCCAGUUGAUUUUGUUACUCGUUAUUGUUAUUUGUUUGCUUGUACAGUACCUGCCAAAAUAUUGUCCAGUAGUUUUCUUUAGUUGCCAACAUUCCAAACAUUUUGUUCAAAUACAAGGGGCCAAAAUCAAUUUCUUGUGCCUAACCUUUUCAUUUGCCAGUUUAGCCAAUACAUACCAAUGUUUAAAAUAUUUGGUAGAAGUGUAUGCCAAGAAUGAUAGCAUAUCUACAAUAGAUCGAGACAAUCUAUAUGGAUCAGGGAUCGAAUAGUUUCUUUAUCUUUAUUUAUACUUUAACGAGUCCUCAUCUCCAAAGUAUUAAGGCUAAAUGCCAAAGUUAUGGUUAGUGUGUGUAAAUAAUUAGUCCUAAUAAUUUAUCUCGUAAUCUGUAAGGUUGCAUUCUCAUUCCAAAGUUUGUAUAUUUAUACUACCUUUAAGAUUAAUUUCUUUUGAAAGUUGUGUUCCUAUUAGUUUAUAUUAUCAACAUUCCAAACUAUACCUCAAAAUAUUCCUUGCUUCAGUUUAGUCAACAAAGUAAAGGAGACAUUAUUCGUGGACGUGAGAAGUUGUCAGAAAAAUCAAAUCUAAUUUUCUCAACUCUGCACCACCAGUGUAUGUUGUUUAUGACACAGAGAACUCCAGGGUUGGUUAGUCCUCAGUGUGUAUCUAAGGUCACACUCCUCUUAAUAUUUCUGACAUUCCAUUUGUACUUAUCCAGUGAAGCUGUUUCCAUGCAAUCAUUUCUGCAUGUUUCCAAAGAAGUUUGAUGUGUGUAGAUAAGUGUUUGAAUUUGAGUGAUGUGUUUUUUCUAUGAAAGGUAAUAUAAUAUGCGAAUUCUAUUCCAAGGUUGUUAGUAAAAUUUUAAAUGAUCUCUCCAAACAAAAUAAUUUAAUAAGCUAUUGAUUUAUGGCAUUAUUGUGCAAGACUUAUAUAUAUUAUUAUUUAUAUAUAUAAAUACAUGAAUAAUGUCACUAAACCAAAGGCAUUCUAUAUACACGAUGCUCUUUGAUACUCUUGUCCCAUACUGUUCAAUCACCUUGUUCUGAUGAGUGUUUUGUUUGUAUGUUACAGCACCACUUUAAAAAGCUUUGGAAUAAAUAGUUGUGAUUGAA